GCACCCUCUUCCUCCGCUGCGCCCAGCGACUCCCUUCUCCCCUGGGGCAAUCGACCUUGCAGCCUGUGCCGCCCCCUCGUCAUCUUUGAGCUGCUGGACAAGCAACUUUGACAGUGGUUGUGGGUUUAGAAUCUGGCUUCUUCUUGACAUCAGUAGCCCUUAGAAUCACUGGGGUUCGGUGGGACAAGACUUUUCCCUUUUCGGCCCUGCGUCUGACUGCAACCUGUUUCCAGUGAUCAGGGGACUGGAUCGUGGCUGCCAUUCAUCUGGGGGAGGAGGACUUGUUUUUCUUUCUCUCUAGAGACAGAGGCUUGGAACUGGAUAAAACAGUAUCGAGAGGAUGUAAAUAGGCAGAGCAACUGUAACGAAGAAGGCAACCACUACCCAAAGGCAGGGAGGAGCGUGGGGCUUCGUCCGGACUUCGUUCAGUCUCAACAUUAAUCAACAAUCAGGUGUUGGUUGCAACUUUUCAAGGUCAGCCACCCACCCGGAGUAGCCGUUCCCUCUCCGACGCUUGUGGGUACACAGAACUUGGAUUGGUUGUGGCUGAGACAUGCACAGGACGUCGAAAGAGGAAGGAUUGUAAGGUGGGUGUGACCCCAAGACCGGCCCCCUGCUUUCCCCUAAUCUCCCGCUGCCCAGGCGUGGGUGAGUGGGGGACAUGUGUCUAACUCUCAGCAGCAAGUUAGGCAGCAGGUGUGGGAUCUGAAAGACCGCGAGGCUGCCGGGUGCGCCCUCGCCAAGCCAUGAGGGAUCAGGGCGCACUCCUGGCUCGCACGUCGCGGCUUCUGCUUCUACUAUUGCUCAAGAUUUCUGUCUCUUCUGCCCUUGGGUUUGCUCCUGUGGCCAGAAAUGAAACUUGUCUGGGGGAGAGCUGUUCACCUGCACUGACCCAACGCCGCAACAGGGAUGCCUGGGGACCGGGACAUUCUGCCGGAGACGCUCUGCGAGUCCGGCUGCCCCGGGAGGAGACGGAGGCGGCGGUGCGCGCAGCGCCCUCCUGGGACCUCCGGGCAACCACAGGCGGUGACCCAGGUGCGGGCGGAGGGGCGGAGGCGUCGGCAGCUGGGCCCGCGGGACCUGCACCUGGCGCCUGGAAGUGGAAAAGCGGCCGGGGUCAGGAGCACCCUGGAGAGUUAGGGAGAGGGGACCCCGUGGCCCUCCAACUCCUCCUUCAGGCCUCAGAGGAGGAAGAGAGGAGUUCCAGAGGGGCUAGCAUUUCCUGGAGCAGUCAGGAGCAGAAUGUGAAAACGGAACCCGGAGCCAGUGAUCUUUUUUACUGGCCGGGGAGAGCAGGGAAAUCCCGGAGUUCCCACCACAACCCCCCACCCAAGUCCGUCAGUGGACCCGCGGUCCAUGAAGGGCGGACACUUGCACCCCCUGGCAGGGCGCUACCCCAGAAUGGAUCCUCGAGUGAAGAUGUACACGAGCGCGGGGGUCCAGGCCGGGGGAACAGCACCAACCGGCGCGUGAGACUGAAGAACCCCUUCUACCCGCUGACCCAGGAGUCCUACGGAGCCUACGCGGUCAUGUGUUUAUCAGUGGUGAUCUUUGGGACUGGCAUCAUUGGCAACCUGGCGGUGAUGUGCAUCGUGUGUCAUAACUACUACAUGCGGAGCAUCUCCAAUUCCCUCUUGGCCAACCUGGCCUUCUGGGACUUUCUUAUCAUCUUCUUCUGCCUUCCACUUGUCAUCUUCCAUGAGCUGACCAAGAAGUGGCUGCUGGAGGACUUUUCCUGCAAGAUCGUGCCCUAUAUCGAGGUUGCCUCUCUGGGAGUCACUACAUUCACCUUAUGUGCUCUGUGUAUAGACCGCUUUCGUGCCGCCACCAACGUACAGAUGUACUAUGAAAUGAUCGAAAACUGCUCUUCGACAACGGCCAAACUUGCUGUCAUAUGGGUUGGCGCUUUACUGUUGGCACUUCCAGAAGUUGUUCUCCGCCAGCUAAGCAAGGAGGAUUUUGGGUUUAGUGGCAGAGCUCCUGCAGAACGAUGUAUUAUAAAGAUCUCUCCCAAUUUACCAGACACCAUAUAUGUUUUAGCCCUCACCUACGACAGUGCAAGGCUCUGGUGGUAUUUUGGCUGUUAUUUUUGUUUACCCACGCUUUUCACCAUCACAUGCUCUUUAGUGACUGCAAGGAAAAUCCGCAAAGCAGAGAAAGCCAGCACCAGAGGGAACAAGCGACAGAUCCAACUAGAAAGCCAGAUGAACUGCACAGUAGUGGCCCUGACCAUUUUAUAUGGAUUUUGCAUCAUUCCUGAAAAUAUUUGCAACAUUGUCACUGCCUAUAUGGCUACCGGGGUUUCACAACAGACAAUGGAUCUCCUGAAUAUCAUCAGCCAGUUCCUUUUGUUCUUUAAGUCCUGUGUUACCCCCGUGCUACUUUUCUGUCUCUGCAAACCCUUCAGCCGGGCCUUUAUGGAGUGCUGCUGCUGUUGCUGUGAGGAAUGCAUCCAGAAGUCUUCCACAGUGACCAGUGAUGACAAUGACAAUGAAUACACCACGGAGCUGGAGCUCUCACCGUUCAGCACCAUACGCCGGGAGAUGUCCACUUUUGCUUCGGUUGGAACUCAUUGCUGAAAGGCAGUACUCGGUUUGAUCAGAUCUGUUUGUUUGAUUUUCAUAUCCUGUGAACAUUUCUACUUAGUAUUUUUUCCUUACAAGGAAAACAUGCAAAAAAUAAAUAAAAGCAAGCAAAGAAAGAAAUGCUUAUUAACUACUAGAGAACUGAUUUUGCAAAUUAAUAUUUGUGUUCUGAAAAAAAGUGUUUAUAUUUAGUUAUUGAAGAAGAACCAGAACGCCAAUAGUUUUAGAUCAUUUUAUCUAGUAUGGUGCUAAUAUUUUAUUUGGAAAAAGUUACUGCACCUUAACUUAAUUAAUUGGCUAGAAUUCUUUCUUUUAAAAAUGUAGUUAUUGUAUAUUGAUUAUAGCUAUGUGGUUUUGUAAGUUAUUUUAUGUUUAAGUUGUGACUGAAAGUAUACUGUAUUUGAUAUUGUGAAAUGAUUUGUACUUAGCGGCAUUCACAAAGUAGCACCAAAUAAAUUAUACUUUAUUCUUUAAUGUCAUUGUCAAUCUACUUUUAACCAAGAUUCAAUAAAUUUUUUAAUUGCCUUAAAGACAAAAUUACUGGUUCUAUGCACAAUUUAAAACUGGCCUUACUGUUUUAUAUUAUGUUCUCCUCUAAGGCAGGAAACCACUAUGUUAUAAAAAAGCUUUCCUAGUUAGUAGUACUGUUUUAUAUGCGUGACUCAUAAAACAAUAUUAUAUCUUAAAACAAAACUAUGUUUUUAAUAUUCACACACAUGUACAGUUACAUCUGAAUAUUUAUGAAAUAUGAAUAAAUGGUAGAGUAGGAAGAAAGUAUCUUUUUUUAAAAAUUCAUUUUGGAACUAGCAUGUAGAGCUACAGGUUUUCCCAUGAGAGAUUAUGGGGAGAAUCAAGAAUUUUAAAAAUUCAUUUGACCUCAGAUUUCUUCUGAACAUUGGCCUUUGAAGCUUUGUAAAUCCUACAUGAAGCACUCUGAAUUCCAAUUUUCUUCCUUUUAAAAAGUGAAUUUGAUUAAAUGUAUAUAGUUUAUUUUCUUUAAGUGGAAUGAAAAUACGGUAGUAGAAUAAUAAAAUACAUGUUUAUAUAUCCUGAUUACAACACUUGAAUAUUGAAAUACUAUCUUUAAAUUGAUACUUCAUAAACUCCCAAUAAAACCCUAACCUUCUCCGUUUGGAUUAUGUUCACUACCCCCUACCCCCGCCUCUUUGGGAGUUUUAAGUUGCAACAAUUGUGUUGGAUUCCUGACAUAUGGGUCACAUAUCUAAAUGCGAUGGCAGAGACAGUGACCUGGUGACACAGUGAUAUUUAAAAGCUAUCAAAGAUGUGAUCGAAUGUCUCUAUCUUCAGAAAAACAUUGUAUGAUGGGUAAACCCAAUUUUCUUUCUGAGAUAAUGUGUUUUCUGCUUGUGGAUUUCUAUACUAUUUGGCCCAACCAAUUCAAUGCCUUUCUUCGCUCAGAUUUAAUAUGAUGUUACAAUAACUAAAAUUCAGUAGUAGAAAAAUUAAAGAGAACCGAACCAGACCAUUUAUCUUUCAGAUAAGCCUAUAUUAACUAAAUGACAGUGCUUGGACUAUCUCCCUUCCCCAGUCUGAUACUCUUCAAAGGGAUUGUUUUCUUCCAUUUUCUGUUUUGUAAGGGAUUCAAGGGAGGAAAGAAACAAAGCAUCAUUGUCUUCUUAGCAAUACUUGUGAUAGGUCUAGUCAAGUGAACAUUUAAAGACACCCAGGUUUGGACUGCAGAGUAGACAAACAAUUGUGAUUUCACAGUGCCUCUCAUGGUACUUAGAUAAACUUAUAAAUCAAGAAAUACUAAGCUUUGCGCAGUGGCAGUAUCGUAGCCAAUGAGGUUUAUCCGAGGCGCGAUUAUUGCUAAUUGAAGAAAUACUGAUGGGAGAACAUUAUGUAGAAAAGUUCCUAUGUAAUUGCCUACAGUAAAUAAAGAUAAGUAGAAUUUAAUCUCAGAUCACACAAAAGAUUCAUUUCCUAGACUCCAUUUAGUUCAGUGGUUCCGCCGCCUGCCUUGCAAGCGGAAGGAUCCGAGUUCGAUCCCCGGUACAAAAAAAAAAAAAAAACAAAACCCAAUGAGGAAACUAU